CAACAAGAAAUUAACACAACCCUGGAAAAUUUAUUGCUAGAGAAUUCUCUGCUACGCUAAAAAAAAAAAAAAAAACUCCUGGUUGGUAGAAGUCGGACAAAAUCCACAACCAGUAUAAAAACAGCCUGGUCAGAAAAAGCUUUAUCAACAAAUAAUAAAUCAAUAUCGCCCUAAUACGUGCGGGCGGAACUUUCGUCGAACAAGUAUUAGCAUUAACUUUUAGAUGGAAAACAGCGGCCGCAAGCCCCAUCCACCAGCCGCAGCACGGUCAGCCCACCGCACUCUUUCCCCACCGAAUCAUACCAAUCCCAUUCCACUCCAUUCCGUGAACAAAACGGAGAGAAGCAAGCCGACAGGAUGAAGCAGCGGAUCUUAACCACCGUCAUCCACCUCCUCUCCCUCUCCGCCACCUCCGCCGCCGUGGAUUUCCUCUUCAACUCUUUCAACACCUCCGACCUCCUCCUCAUCGGCGACGCCCGCAUCGACUCCUCCAUCGUCCGCCUCACCAACGACUCCAACUACUACUCCAUCGGCCGCGCCUUCUUCCCCUCCCGCCUCCAUCUCUCCACCGGUCCUAACCGCACUCUCUCCUCCUUCUCCACCUCCUUCGUCUUCUCCAUCCUCCCCGAGAUCCCGAGCAGCCCCGGGUUCGGCCUCGCCUUCGUCCUCUCCAACUCCACUUCGCCGCCCGGCGCCAUCUCCGGCCAGUACUUCGGCCUCUUCUCCAACUCCACCCGCCAGUCUCCGGCACCGCUUCUCGCCGUGGAGUUCGACACCGGCCAGAACCCGGAAUUCUACGAUCCUGACGGCAACCACGUCGGCAUCGACCUCAACUUCAUUCAAUCAGCUACAACUCAAUCCGCCGGCUACUACCGGAACGGCUCGUCGGGACUUGAGUUCGUUUCUCUUGACAUGAGAUCGGGAAAAAAUAUCCGAGCUUGGAUCGAAUUCGAUGGGCCUCGGUUCCAAAUCAACGUCACAAUCGCCGCCGCCGAGGAACCGAGACCGCCGCGGCCACUGAUCUCCUACAGGGACCCGCAGAUCGCCAACUACGUCUCGCCGGAGAUGUUUGUCGGCUUCUCGGCGUCGAAGGUCAAGUGGGUGGAGGCUCAGAGGAUUCUCGCCUGGAGCCUCAGCGACACCGGCGGCUCCGCGCGGGAGCUCAACACGUCCAAUCUCCCUGUCUUCUUGCCCCAGUCUUCGUCCCCGUCGUCAUCUCCAUCUCCAGGGCUCAUAGCCGGGGUCUCUUGCGCAUCCGUUGCUCUUGCCCUCCUCUUCCUCUCCUCGGGUUUCUACUACUACUAUAGAAAGAAGAGGGCUAAGAUCCGGAAAGAAGAAGGAAAAGAAGAGGAUGAGGAGGACGAAGAGUGGGAACUGAAGUACUGGCCACGGCGAUUCUCCUAUGAAGAUCUCUCGAACGCCACUGAUGGGUUCUCCAAGGCGAGGCUUCUCGGAAUCGGUGGAUUUGGGAAGGUAUACAAGGGGGUUCUCCCGGUUUCGAUAUCCAGAGGAGUUGAAGGGGGAGGAGGACGAGAGGAGGAGGAGGAGGAGGAGGAGGAAGUGGCGGUGAAGUGCGUGUCCCAUAACUCGAAGCAGGGGCUGCGGGAGUUCAUGGCGGAGAUAUCGAGCAUAGGGAGGCUGCAGCACCGGAGCUUGGUCCCGCUCCGAGGGUGGUGCCGGAAAGGAAACGAGUUGAUGCUGGUGUACGGGUACAUGCCCAAUGGCAACCUCAGCCAGUGGAUCUUCGGCGAAGGGAGGAGGGAGACGAUGCGGUGGGCGGCGCGGCGGCGAGUGCUGGCGGACGUGGCGGAGGGGCUGCAGUACCUGCACCAGGGGUGGGAGCAGGUGGUUCUCCACCGGGACGUGAAGAGCAGCAACAUACUGCUGGAUGGCGAGAUGCGGGGGCGGCUCGGAGACUUCGGGCUGGCCAAGCUGUACGAGCGAGGGGCGGCGCCGAGCAGCACGAGGGUGGUGGGCACGCUGGGGUACCUGGCGCCGGAGCUGGCGAUGGCGGCCACGCCCACGGCGGCGAGUGACGUGUAUAGCUUCGGGGUGGUGGUGUUGGAGGCGGCGUGCGGGCGGCGGCCGAUUGAGAGGGCGGCGAGGGUGGAGGAUGAGGAUUGGGUGCUGGUGGAGUGGGCGAGGGAGAUGUAUGCGGAGGGGCGGCUGGUGGAGGUGGCGGAAGAAGGGAUGGAGUUCCGGGAGGAGGAGAUGGAGUUGGUGCUCAAGUUGGGGCUGGCCUGCUGCCAUCCCGAACCGGAGAAGCGGCCGGCAAUGAGGGAGGUGGUGGCCCUGCUGCUGGCCGCCGAGGCUCCCGGAAAACCUGCCACGGACUCCGCUCCAAUCUAUCUUUCUUCGGGUGCUGCAGACUGAAGUUAUAGUUGUUGGAAGGAAUUAUCUUUUACUCUGGAGGGGCCUGAGAGGCCUACAAGCAAGGCUUCUACCGAAGGAAAAGCAGGACUGACGACCACCUGAAGGGAAUGGAUCAACAUGAUGACAAAUAUACUGAACUUCUGAGCCAGCCGAGAUCUGAUUAGUGGUUAAGAGCAAAGGAGGUGGCUGACAUUAUCAGUGCCAAGAAUAUCAGCAAGCUUCACUCACUCAAUAAUGAGAGAGGAUCCGUGAUUGAUUUUGAGUUUCUCAUACCUUCUCCGUUUUCGUACCACUACUGGAUUUCCAGUCAGGUCCAGUCAAAGUCUAAAAUUAGCUGUCAUUAUAUGUGUAAGUAAAUUAUCUGCAUUUUCUUAUCACUUUUCUAGAAAUAUGAGCCACUUAACCAUCAAUAUAUCUAGUCAUUUUUUGAGCUUCCUAAA